GGCUGGACAUAAAAAGACAGAAAGACAUUUGGUUCCUGGGUUUUAUUUACGGAGUUUGUGUGGAGAUGAAGCUUCUCCUCGGAGCUCUGAGUGCUCUGCUCUGCUGCUCCCUGUCCUCCUCACAAACACUGGAUCCUGCUGGGAAAAACGUCUGCCACAAUAUCAGGGACCCCUCCACCCUGGUCUGUUGCACUGGGUGGCGUCAAGAGGGAACAGAGUGCACCUUACCUGUGUGUGAGGGUGAGCAGGCCUGUCUGAAGGAUGAGAUCUGUGUGUAUCCCGGAGUGUGUCGCUGCCCCCCUGGCUACUUCGGAGCUCACUGUAAAACACGCUGUCCCGGUGAGUUCUGGGCUGCGGACUGUCGCAAGGUGUGUGAGUGCUUCCCUCACGGCCGCUGUCACCCCGUCACCGGAGAGUGCACCUGCAACCCCAACCGCUGGGGCCCGCUCUGCCAGUUCCCCUGCAAGUGCGUCCGGCACGGCCACUGCCACCCCGUCCACGGGAACUGCUCCUGUGACGAGGGCUGGUGGACGGCCACCUGCUCCAAGCCGUGCCAGUGCGGCAGCGGGGGGUCUGCGGGCCCCGGCUGCGACCAGCUGACAGGCCGGUGUCAGUGCAACAGGGGCCACUGGGGGCUGAAAUGUCCCGUCGCUUGCAACUGCUACCUGUCCCAAUGUAAUCAGCGAACAGGUGUGUGUGAGUGUGAGGCAGCCUGGUGGGGGCCCAGCUGUGACCGGAGGUGUAACUGUGACCUCACGCACAGCAGCUGUGACCCGAACACUGGACAGUGCCUGUGCCAGCCGGGGUACCAGGGGGUCUACUGCAACCAGCCCUGUGAAGCUGGGAAAUACGGCAGUGGCUGUAAAAGGAGUUGUGGCUUCUGCAGAGACCACCGGCCCUGCUCGGACACUGACGGCGCCUGUGACGCCUGUGAGUCCGGCUGGAACGGGACACGAUGCGACCGGCCGUGCCCGGCUGGUUCCUAUGGUGACGGCUGCCUGGAGGAGUGUCCACUCUGCAGGAACAACGAACCCUGUGACCCAAAAACUGGGAACUGUUGGAGGUGUAAUCCGGGACGCACUGGUCCCAGGUGCGAGGAGUCCUGCACUAACAGGACGUUUGGAGACGCCUGUGGUUUCCUGUGUAGCCCAUGUUUCCAUGGUGACUGUCAUCGUGUGACAGGAAGAUGUGACUGUCAGCCCGGCUUUACAGGAGAAAGCUGUAACAGUAGCUGCCCCGCCCUGCAGUUCGGCUUCAAUUGUUCCUCCGCCUGUGACUGUGGGGAGGGGAGCGGCUGCGACCCAGUCACUGGAGUGUGUCCCAACAGUGGCAGGGCUGCAGUGAUAGCAGGUGUGCUGGUUCCUCUCCUCCUGCUGCUCCUCGCUGUGCUCUGCUGCUGUUUGUGUUGUGGAGGGGCUCCUGCUGGGGGCAAAGACAGGGCGACUGUGGCUGAGGGAGGCUGGUCAGUCCGGAUGAAGUAUCACGUCUACAGCGUCCUGGCCAACAUCGGAGCGGCCCUGCCCUGUAUCUCUGAUUGGUCCUCUGGCCUGCCCCGUGUCACAGUGUCUCACCAUGACCCAGAACUGACGUUCAACCACAGCUUCAUUGAGCCUCCGUCGUCUGGCUGGGUGACGGAGGGGUCGUCCUUCGACAGUGAUGAGGAGGAGGGGGAGGCGCUCUACUGUGUCCCUCCCAGAGAAGACUUCCCUUCGGUGGCGGGCGGCGAGUUCCACGAGAUGAGCUCAAAGUGCAACAUGUUCAUGGACCCCUCCGGCUUCAGCUGUGAGGACAUCACCUCGCCCUUCAACAUCCCUCGCACCUCCAGCAUCGCCAAGUCAAAGCGGCCUUCUGUUUCUUUUGCAGAGGGGACCCGCUUCAGCCCCAAAGAGAGGCGUGGCUCGGCUCAGGACCCCGGCGCUCUCCCUGGUCACCUGCGAAACAAACCCAAGUCACCCUGGGGUGUUCUGAUGCUGUCUGCUCUCCAAAGUCAAGGAAGUGCCUCUAAAACUGCGCAGGAAGAUGGAGCUGAGGACCAUGAGGGUGACGAUGAUGGGGAUGCGCAGGAGACAGAAUAUGAGGAAACUAACUACGAUGCAGGGGACCAGGAAGUAGACAGGACCGCUUCCCGGACCACCCUGCAGGUCCCUGGUGCCUCAGGACGAAGGAGGACUAUGUCCAACACAGCUGCUCAUAAAGGGACCCAGCUGCCGACACCUGCCUCUGAUGCUCAGGGGGGGGUCUUAAAUAAGGCCACCACGGUGUAUGUGACGGUGGGUAAGGCAGGGAAGCCCGUGUCCAAGACGGAGACGAGCUCUGAGGGUCCCGUUCAGGCCAUGCUGCGGCGCAUCGGAAGCCUCCAGAGACAGAGGGAGCAGGAGGUAGGCAGGCCCAAGCCCAAAGGAGCAGAAGCUAUCGUCAAACCCCCCAGGAGGAAGCUGGGAGCGCGGGCGAGCGUGUGGGAGGAGGGGGCGCCGCCCGCCGGGGAGGUAGGAAUAUGUAAGCCAAUCAGGAGAAAGCAUGCUUCUGUUAACACCCCUGACACAGCUGGUGAGAACGACACAUCCUCAGAGAGCGGCACUCCAAAAAGGCCGCUGUCGUCCAUUUUGAAGAGCGUGCCAGAGCUGGCUUUAGCUGACUCAGGGUCAGAUCUGAGGGCGGAGGGCAGCGACCCCACCUCGGGAAAAACUGAGGGCCCCUACCUGACCGUGGGAGCAGCAGGAGAUGCAGAGAGUCUCAAUGAGGUCAUCGCCAACGAAGGAGAGGUGGUCAGUGUGAAUGACGAGCCCUGCUAUGAAAAUGUCAUAAUUAAACACACAUGACCUCAGAGAAACUGUCAGCAGCUCUGAUUCAACAGGACUAAUUAUUUAUUAUUCCGUUACAAUGUUACAGGCACGAAAGGGAAAACUCUUGAAUUAUUUCUUUCUAGUAUUACAUGAAUUAAGGUUUACAAAGCAUUUAUGAUGAAAAAAU